AUGGCUUUCGGAAGCGCACCCCAGAAUCCCGUGUUCAAAGUAUUGGCUGAAAUCCAGCGAUACACCGACGUGUGUCCCAAUCCAGAAGAAUCGGACUUUUCCACAUGCCGAGCCAUGAGGAAGGAUGGAGGCCGUUGCCGGAAUCUUCCCUGCACGCAGUAUGAGCGACAUCACAGUCCCGACUUGAUGUCUGAGUUCCGGGGCAUGACAGAAUGCCCUGACACGGACAGCUUCUAUAAUAAACUGGAGACUUUUAUCACCUAUUCGCAUUGCAAGCGAUGGCAUCGCUGGCCGGCUCUCGCAGCGUUUGAGCGUUGGAAAAAGGAGCGCAUCGCAGCCAGAUCCAAUGCUCGUCAACGAUACACGCCUGCUCGACCUGUGGCACCACCAGCCAGACCUACAACUCCUCCACCGGCUAUACAACCAACAACUACGGCAGUCAUACAGCCUCUCACGGCAGCAGCUCUUCAGCAGCUGCCGACUAUUCCUACAACAUUUGUUCCUUCGGCAGCCAGCGCAACAUCCGAUGGUGGCGAUUCUUUCGAUGACAGCAUCCUGGAGACUCGCUCUGUCGCCAGUAAUGGAUCGACGUUCCUCAGCUCCCUUCCGAAUACUCCUCCACGCAAUGGACUUGUUUCAGGCAUGGAGAUAGAUGAUAUCGCGGAAGAAGAUGGAGCUGACUGGACCGCUGAUAAUAUCGCAAGGGCUAGAGCCAAUGCAGGUAAUUCGCCUUCACCAAGCAACAAGUCUAUUGCAGACGUGGAAAUGGAUACCGCCGAAGAAAUCGCCACACAAGGAGAUGCGGCCGAUAGUAUAUCUGCAGUUGUGGGCAAAUUGACUGCUAUGAUCGCAAGCUUGGCUGCCUGUUCUGAGAAUAACAGAACUGCCAUCGAAGCCGUGACUGCUUUCCUUGAGAAUGCAGAGAAAGAAGCUACAUCUAAAGGCAAAGGGGUUGAUAGAGGUGAUAUUGUUGAAGAAACUGAUAUCAAGGAAGAAGCUAUCAUUAGCAAUGAGGUUGUUCCUGUGGAUAUCAAGAAAGAAACUAUUACAAAUCAGGAAGUCGAGGAAAAAGAUAACUUUGAAGAAGCUUCUGACAAAGAGGCCGUGAAAUACAACAUCACGAGAAAAGCUGUUCCUCAAGCGAACUCUGCCGGGCGGACGCAAGAUUUGGCUUCAACUUCGGACGUCCAUGAUACAGUGGUAGCAAAAGAGGAUGAUUCAGCAAGAGAGACUCCUGUUGAUGAGCUUGGGAUUAUUAGCCUACAGCGCAAUGGCUCGCUAAGAGAUCACUCGGGGGUAUUCCAAGUGAUCAGCAGUCAUCCAACCGCCGACGACAUGAGAGAAGGUGUUGUAUACAUCCUUGAUGACAUCGAAAACCUUUUUCUUUUCAAGAUUGGAUGGUCAAGCGAAAGCGCAGAAGAGAGGCUAAAGCAACCUAAAGACUGCUAUGGAGUCAAGACGAAAGUCGUUUACGAAACUCCAAGAUUCGCCGGUGCUCCUCACGCUGAAAAGCUUACUCGAGUUAUUCUUCAACACGCCAAUAUUCGCGUUUUUCCAUGCGAGAAGUGCAAAGGAGGGCAUACAGAAUGGUUCUCUGCGGAAGAAGAAACUGUACGUCAAACAGUCAUGCAGGUUGAAAAUUUUGUCGAGAUGCCCGCAUAUACUCUACAAGAUGGAGAAUACAAACUAUCGCCCGAGGCAUACAGCCGCGUGGUAAAACAGAUGUGCGACUUUUCCAUAGACAAAAUGGGCGAGCUCAUGCAUAGAAACCCCGAAGGUAAUGAAGCAGCCAAGUCGACUAUUAUGCUAUAUGAACCAAUAUCAGUAGCUCCUCUCACACCACCCGAUACACCUCGUCCUAGUACCAGAGACACCAGAGACAUAUUAUUCGAGACUCAAGAUGCCAACGAGAGUCUUGUCUCAUUAUCUUCGCAGGCAAGCAAAAAGUCUCGACUGUCGGCGGGAACAAAAGUCGCAAGAAAGUUGAAACAUUUCGUAACGGCCAAAAACUCCGUCAAGGAAUAUUUGACCCGAUCCCGGGGAUCAACGCCCGAGGUAGAGAGCAGUGAUAAGCGCGCAUUUGGUGCAGUCUUUGUGGAUUUGAAAGGCAAGGCGCGCGGACUUGGUACGAAGGCACGAGAAGAUGUGCGGGAAUUCCGCAGAGACUUCAAGGAGGAACUACGCCGCAAGAACGACGAAGAGAUUGAAUCAAAUUCAUAG